AUGCUCAAGGGCUGCUACGGUGUCUCUGAGGAGACCACCACCGGUGUCCACCACCUCUACAAGAUGCUGAGGGAGGGCAAGCUCCUCGUCCCCUCCAUCAACGUCAACGACGCUGUCACCAAGUCCAAGUUUGACAACCUUUACGGCUGCCGUGAGUCCCUCAUCGACGGCAUCAAGCGUGCCACGGACGUCAUGGUCGCUGGCAAGAUCGCUGUCGUUGCCGGUUUCGGUGAUGUCGGCAAGGGCUGCGCCAUGGCCCUGCACGGCAUGGGUGCCCGUGUCAUCAUCACUGAGAUUGACCCCAUCAACGCCCUCCAGGCCGCCAUGGCCGGCUACCAGGUCACCACCAUGGAGAAGGCUGCCAAGCUCGGCCAGAUCUUCGUCACCACCACCGGAUGCCGUGACAUUCUGACCGGCGAGCACUUCGAGGCCAUGCCCAACGACGCCAUUGUCUGCAACAUUGGCCACUUUGACAUUGAGAUUGACGUUGCCUGGCUUAAGGCCAACGCCAAGGCUGUCCAGAACAUCAAGCCCCAGGUCGACCGCUUCGAGAUGAAGAGCGGCCGCCACAUCAUCCUCCUUGCCGAGGGCCGUCUUGUCAACCUUGGCUGCGCCACCGGCCACUCCUCCUUCGUCAUGUCCUGCUCCUUCACCAACCAGGUCCUCGCCCAGAUCAUGCUGUACAAGAGCGGCGACAAGGCCUGGGGUGAGAAGUACGUCGAGUUCGCCAAGGCCGGCAAGCUCGAGGUCGGCGUCUACGUCAUCCCCAAGAUCCUCGACGAGGAGGUCGCUCGUCUCCACCUCGAGCACUGCAACGUCGAGCUCAGCACCCUCACCAAGGUCCAGGCCGACUACCUCAGCCUGACUGUCGAGGGUCCCUACAAGAGCGACAUCUACCGCUACUAA